UCACUGCAGCGGGAAGUCUCUCUGUCACUGUGAUGGUGUCAAAGGUCAAAAGGGAGAAUCUGGUUACUUUGGAUACGACGGACUUCCCGGAGUGAUCGGUUACCCCGGUAACGAGGGCAACCAGGGCCCACCCGGGGACAAGGGUGAUCUGGGAUCAGCUGGAGGUUCAGGACUGAAAGGCUCACGGGGUCUUCCAGGAAGACCUGGUUUUCCAGGACCUCCAGGACUGCCGGGACUCCCCGGACACGAAGGACACAUCGGUCUACCAGGACUCCGAGGAUGCAAUGGGACAAAGGGGGACAUGGGUUACCCUGGGUUUUCCGGGGUUCCGGGAUACGCCGGCCUACAGGGUCAACAAGGACCACGAGGGGCAAAGGGUGACACCUUUGUCUUCCCGCCCACUCGGGAUAUUAAAGGAGCAACGGGACCACCAGGACGAGACGGAGAAGACGGCCUGGGUGGAGAUCCAGGUGAACCAGGCCUGUCAGGACCACCAGGAUCCGCUGGACUUCCAGGAACUCCAGGGUUUCCAGGGUUACAAGGAGAGAAGGGACAGGAGGGUCCCAGUCCGGUGAUACCAGGUCCCAGUGGACAGAAGGGGGAUCGCGGACCACCAGGGAUCCCUGGACAGAAAGGAAUCAAACUGUAUGCCGAAGGACCGAAAGAACUGAAGGGGGAACCAGGUGACGUUGGACUGAAAGGUUGUCAAGGAUUUCCUGGCGUGCCGGGGACACUAGGGGUUAAAGGAGAAAAAGGAGGCCGAGGCGAUCCUGGCUCACUAGGUAAACCUGGAAAGGAUGGAGUCUUUGGAGAGCUGGGACAACAGGGAGACCCCGGGGAUCGCGGGUACCUUGGUCCUCCUGGUAUUGAAGGAGCAACAGGAGAGAAAGGUGAACGUGGUUCUCCAGGUUUUCCAGGAGAGUUGCUUUUCAGACACCAUUACCUGAAGGGCCAGCGCGGUGUCCCCGGACCCAGAGGACCCGAAGGAGUCCAGGGAGAACAAGGGUUCAUUGGUUUUCCUGGACUCCAGGGUGAGCCAGGUGUGGCCUCAACUAGUCCACCGGGCCCCCAGGGGCCUCCGGGCUUAGCCGGACCCAAAGGAGACCCAGGGGGGCCGGGGCCCCUCGUCUUUGGGCCCCUAGGAGAAGUCGGAGCACUUGGAGCUGGUGGAGCUGAAGGAGAACCGGGAGAACCGGGAAUACCAGAUUUUGUGCCGGGAGGGGUCGGUCGUCCAGGAGCUAAAGGUGUGAAAGGUCCGUUGGGUUUCCCAGGAGCUAGAGGAGAGGAAGGACCGGCAGGUGAGAAGGGACAGGUGUGUCCCGAUAUCCAAGGACCUGCAGGUAAGCCAGGAAGGCGAGGUGAAGACGGUGCACCAGGAUCGGUUGGUUCUCCAGGAGCCAAAGGUCAAACAGGGUACAACGGUGUUCAAGGACCAAAGGGUCAACAGGGCCUCAUUGGGAACAAGGGCCUCCAGGGACCACAGGGACCCAUCGGUGACCCUGGCAUCAUGCAGAGGGUCGGUGUGAAGGGAGAGGAGGGAGACCGGGGGGAGUCAGGACCUCCGGGUCCAGACGGGAGAGAUGGGUCUCCGGGAUUUACCGGACGAAAAGGUGCUCUGGGACAGAAAGGGAACCCUGGCCCUCUGGGGCAAAAAGGCAACAUGGGGCGUACUGGUGACACGGGUCCCAGAGGACUAAUGGGUCAGCUGGGGCCGUCGGGACCGCUCGGAAUUGGGGACCCAGGACCUGUGGGGUCUAAAGGCAACGUAGGGGUGCUAGGACCUCGAGGAGAUCCUGGGAAUCCAGGGGAAAAAGGUUCUCCGAGGGAAAUCAUGACCUCUCCAGGAGACCCAGGACCGAAAGGAGAGAAAGGUUUACCUGGAAUCCCUGGAGCCAAAGGUGUGACAGGAAGUGUAGGUGCUCCAGGAUUCGUUGGCCCAAUGGGAGAGAAGGGAGAUGAUGGGUUCUCUGUCGAGGGGCCUCUAGGUUUUCCAGGGUUCAAAGGACUCAAGGGCCCCCCCGGAACUCCAGGUGUACCAAACUUUGGUAUUAAGGGACGUGCAGGGCCAUCGGGCCCCCCAGGGAUCCCGGGCCCGAAGGGGAACAUAUACAGGGGUAUCUGUUUUCCAGGUCAGCAGGGUCAGUUGGGCCCCCAGGGGGAAGACGGCUCCGUGGGUCCCCAAGGAGAUCCCGGACCCGAAGGAUCAGACGGAGUUCCGGGACCUGUGGGACAAGUUGGAUAUCCUGGACCCAAAGGACAUAGUGGCCUGAAUGGUUUACCUGGUCCGGGUGGUCCUGUUGGACGGUGUUUUCCUGGAGCUCCCGGACCCGAUGGAGAGGAGGGACAGACGGGUAUCUUCGGAUUUACAGGGAUGCGGGGUCUAAAGGGCGACAGGGGGGACCCUGGCCGGCCUGGCUUUGGGGCCCCGGGGCCUCAGGGGUCUUAUGGAGUGCCCGGCUUUGAUGGGACUCCAGGUCCAGUAGGGGUAAUUGGACUGAAGGGCCUGAGGGGGACCAAUGGGGAACCGGGAAGUACAGGCACCAGAGGAGACCUGGGUCCCCCGGGGGCCCUCGGGAGUCCGGGGGAUGAUGGGAGACCAGGAGAGCCCGGAAGAGACGGAGCAAAAGGUCAAACAGGUGCAGACGGGUCUGGUGGUUCCCAAGGGCCUCAGGGGCCCCCGGGGGACCGAGGAGAACCCGGACCAAAAGGAGUCCGGACAGCCGUUGAUAUCUAUGGAGAGCCUGGAGAACCUGGAGCCCCUGGGUCCACCGGUGUCACCGGUAGCAAAGGAGAAAGCGGCCUCACGGGGCCACAGGGUCUCGAUGGCAGAACCGGCAGACCUGGUGACGGCGGGCCACAAGGACCACCCGGAGACACAGGCAGAGGUGGAUGGAGAGGUCCUCCUGGUCCUUGUGGACUCAAUGGUAACCAGGGAGACAUGGGGAUGCCAGGUUUUAAGGGUGAGAAAGGUUGCACUGGGCCUUGUGGGAAACCCGGACCAGAUGGAAUACCAGGCCCAGCAGGACUCAAAGGUUCUAAAGGAGAAUCGAGUCCUUCCGGACCCGGGUCUAAAGGGCCUCCGGGAGCGAAGGGAAAUCCAGGAUGUUCAGGAGGACCAGGUACUAAGGGUGAACCCGGCGAUGUUGGAGACUUGGGUCCCUCCGGAGCCUGUGGCCCAUGUGGCCCCAAAGGAGCCCUCGGAGCCCCAGGAUGCAGAGGUUCUCCUGGGACUCAAGGUGAAAAGGGUUGCGACGGUCCUCCCGGGAUAAAUGUCCUCCCAGGACCUGCUGGCCUAACAGGUACAAAGGGGGCUCCUGGAGUUCCUGGUCCAGCUGGUUCCAGAGGAAACCAGGGACAGGACGGGAUACCAGGACCUCCUGGAGAAAAGGGAGCAAUGGGUGGUUCCAGAGCCGGGCCCCGGGGCGCAGAUGGGAAAACUGGUUCACCUGGGUACCCCGGAGAGCCGGGUUCUCCCGGUGCUUGUGGUCCACCUGGUCCGAACGGUCCCGGAGGAAACCCAGGUUGUUAUGGUUCUCCUGGACCUCCUGGUCCUUCUGGUCCCGUUGGCAAGGAGGGAGUCUGCAUAGAGGGAAGCAAAGGCAACAACGGAAUCCCAGGACAACGAGGACCAAAAGGUCAGUCAGGCCUUAAGGGCCCUCCUGGUUCUCCAGGUCCUGGUUUUAAAGGAGAGAAGGGAUCUAAAGGAGCAACAGGUUUCCAAGGACCACCUGGUUACCCUGGUGAACAGGGACCUCCAGGCAAACCGGGUGAAGAUAGACCACCAGGGCCUCGAGGACCAGUAGGCCAGAUGGGACCCACUGGUGUCACUGGACCCGUUGGUAUCAAGGGGGAGGCGGGACAGGCAGGUUUCGUUGGCUCUCAGGGUCCUCCAGGGCCACCUGGGAGGAGAGGCCAGAAGGGAGAGGAUGUGCCGCUGGUGCCGGGAGACCAAGGCCCAGCUGGACCGCCGGGGCUCAAAGGAGAAAAGGGACCCCCGGGGGCCCGAGGGAUUCCUGGAGGUCCAGGUCUGAAGGGCGUUAGAGGGUCGGCUGGUAGGAGAGGACCGGGGGGGCGUCCCGGAGUGAUGGGGGAUCAGGGCGACCAAGGGGUUGACGGGUUAAAGGGUGUCCCAGGUCCGAAAGGUUCGCUUGGUGCUAAAGGUGCUCCGGGCCGACCGGGUCCUUGUGGCAACCCACCGGAUACCAACGGCUUCAUGUUCACAAGACACAGCCAGAAUCUCCUUGUCCCAGAAUGCCCGGCAGGAUCUGCCGAGCUGUACAGUGGAUACUCGCUGCUCUUCAUCAAUGGGAACAACAGGGCGCACGGACAAGACCUGGGUUCACUCGGUAGUUGUCUACCUCGUUUCACAACCAUGCCCUUCCUGUUCUGUAACACCGACAGCACCUGCCGCUACGCUUCCCGUAACGACUACUCCUAUUGGCUGUCCACCGACCAGCCGCUGCCAAGCAGCGUGCCGCUAAUCUCCGGGGACUCACUGAGGAAUUACAUCAGCCGGUGUUCCGUGUGCGAGGCCAGAGCCAACGUGAUAGCAGUCCACAGCCAGACAAGCCUGGUCCCAGACUGCCCCUCGGGCUGGGACGCCCUCUGGUUUGGGUACUCCUUUGUCAUGGAGACAGGGGUGGGGGCCGAGGGGUCAGGUCAGCCUCUGGCGUCGCCCGGAUCCUGUCUGGAGAACUUCCGUAAGAUUCCUUUCAUCGAGUGUCACGGCAGAGGAACCUGCAACUACUACACAGACUCCUACAGCUACUGGCUGGCUGCCCUCAACCCGGCAGACAUGUUCAGUAAACCGACGCCUCAGACUGACUCAGGAGACUUUCCAGCUCGUUUGAUCAGCCGAUGUCGAGUCUGUAUGAAGCAGCUGUGAAGUGAUACUACCGCUAAUACAACAUGAACUGUGUUCACCUGGUCCGAACCAGUGUUCCGACCACUGAAAGCGCUUUAACACUACAUCAUUCACCCAUUCACACGCCGAUGACAGGAGCAACACACACAGUGACACCUGCCCAUCAGUCACUAACAUUCACACACUGUAGUCGCAGCUACAGGAGCCAUGUUGGGUUUAGUGUCUUGCUCAAGGACACAUUGACAUGCAGGUUAGCCAGGCUGGGAAUCGAACCACCAACCCUCUGAUUGGAGAACGGCCGUGCCCCCCCACCCCCAGCCGCCCGCUGCCUGAUACAGCUGCUGUAAAUACCACUACAACUGAAGCACACAGAAGAAGAAGCUGCAGUUCCUCGUAUAGGCCCUAGAGGGAGCUGCAGGAAAAACAGAAAUAAAAGUUACAUGUUUAUAUUUUCUGCAGCUCUCUGAUAGGAUGAUUCACAAAGCAAAGGACUCUGGGUGUUGUAGCUUUCUUCUAUCGCUAAGUUGUUUGUCUCAUAUUAUUUUGGAAACGUAGAUUAUAAACACUAAAUAGCGAGAGGUUAUUUAGUGUUUUAGUAAAAACUUGUCUCCUGAGGUUGCUAACUAUAUACGUUUUGUGAAUAUGAUCCUUGUUGAGUUUUAAUAAAACUUGUUUCAAACAAG